AGUCAAAGAGGUUGGAGGAUCAGAUCUAGGAUUAUUUUUGUUGUGUUGAAGUCAUGUCGUUUACAGGGACUCAACAGAAAUGCAAGGCUUGUGAAAAGACUGUUUACCCAGUUGAGCUUUUGUCAGCUGAUGGGAUUAGUUAUCACAAAUCUUGUUUCAAAUGUACCCAUUGUAAAGGAACUCUCAAGUUGAGCAGUUACUCCUCAAUGGAAGGUGUUCUGUAUUGCAAGCCUCAUUUUGAGCAGCUCUACAAGGAGUCUGGCAACUUCAACAAGAACUUUCAAUCCCCUGUGAAGUCAGCUGAGAAGUUAACUCCAAUGCUGACAAAAUCUCCAAGCAAAGCUGCCGGCAUGUUUUCUGGGACACAGGAAAAAUGUGCCACCUGCGGUAAAACGGCUUAUCCACUUGAGAAGGUGACAGUGGAGAACCAAAGUUAUCACAAGUCGUGUUUCAAGUGUUCUCAUGGUGGGUGCUCUUUAAAUCCUUCGAAUUAUGCUGCCCUCGAUGGGAUUUUGUACUGCAAACCUCAUUUUUCGCAGCUUUUCAAGGAGAAAGGCAGCUACAAUCAUUUAAUCAAGUCUGCUUCAAUGAAGCGUCCAGCAGCAACUGUUCCAGAUUCUUAAACUGUAUCUCCGUCAACUAUUUUAUCCAGGCUUGGUCUUUUAAUAUUUGUUUUCUUCUUCUUUUCCGUAUAUCUCCAAUUGGUGUGCCAUUUUGGUUUACUAUGUGAUCUGAUUUCCACAACUGUGAAAACUUAUCCUUUCGUUGUUCUUGUUGUU